UCGCUUUCCCCUCUGACCCGUUUCUUCUGCAAACGUUUCCUCAUCCCCUUUCUCCUCUUCUUCCCCCCCUUCCCUGCGUAGCUCUCUGCCAUCCCAAAUCCUGACUUUCGAAAACCCUAGCCCUGACGAUUGAAUUCAUCCCUCCCGCGCUAGUUGACCCCAUGUAGCUUUCACCCACCACCAAAUUCUCCUACGCCCUCACUCUCUAAUGCCCGGAUUGCAUCCAUCGGCUUCACCGAGCUCCCGCCCUCCUUCAGCUGCCGCCGUCGACUAUGGAGGUUCCGACGGAGGAGUCGUUGGAGCAGGAGAUUGCGCACUCCCCGGCGUCGUUCCUGAAGUUCCUGGAGUCUCAGAGGGAGCUGUUGCACAGCCAGAUCGACCAGCUUCAGAACGUUGUGGUCACCCAGUGCAAGCUCACCGGCGUCAACCCUCUGUCUCAGGAAAUGGCGGCUGGAGCUCUGUCCAUAAAAAUUGGAAAAAGACCAAGGGAUUUGCUUAAUCCUAAAGCAGUGAAGUACAUGCAAUCGGUUUUUGCUAUUAAAGAUGCAAUUAGCAAGAAGGAGUCUCGUGAAAUCAGUGCCCGUUUUGGAGUCAAGGUCACUCAGGUUCGUGAUUUCUUUGCUAGUCAACAAACACGUGUGAGGAGAUUUGUUCGGCUUUCAAGGGAAAAGGCUCUUAGGUCUGAAGCGUUAAAGAACGCUAGUGACAACGUUCCUUCCAAUUCUGAACCACUUGCAUCCAUUAAUCCUGUUCCGUUGAGUGCUGUUGGCCCAAGCAAUGUUGAAGAAGUACCAUCCUGUCCAUCCCAAAAUGAUACUUUGUCUGACAUAGAUGAAUUAGACAAGCAUUUUGUUAAUAAUAUAUUUAGUCUGAUGGGGAAAGAAGAAACCUUCUCCGGGCAGGUGAAAUUGAUGAAAUGGAUCCUGACGAUACAGAGUACUGCAGUAUUGUCAUGGUUUUUGACUAAAGGGGGGGCAAUGAUUAUAGCGACAUGGCUUAGUCAAGCAGCUACUGAAGAACAAACUAGUGUCCUUUUUGUGAUUCUUGAGGUCCUUUCACAUUUGCCUAUUCAUGAAGCAGUCCCAGCUCAUGUGUCAGCCAUACUACAGAGUGUUAACAGUUUGCGAUUUUAUCGAACAUCAGAUGUAUCAAACAGGGCAAAGGCUUUGUUAGCUAAAUGGAGCAAAAUGUUCGUAAGAGCCCAAGCCCUUAAGAAACCUAAUGGCAUGAAAUCUUCUGAUGCGGUACUUAAAGAGAGAGCGUGGAAGCAAAGUCUCAGUGAAAUUAUGGGCGAGGAAGCUUUGCAGUCAAAUGCUAAUGUUUCUGAAGGAAUUCUUGCACCUUAUGAAGGUUCAGAGAAUACAAGGAAGUCAGAAUCUUCGCAACCACUGAAACUUUUGACGGCAUCAGCUGAUGAUUCAAGCAGGAAGGGUUUAUCUUCAUUCCAAAUGAAAGAACGAAGGAAGGUCCAAUUCGUGGAACAGCCAGGCCAGAAAUUUCCCAGCAGGGGCCCACAGGCUUCCAAAGCAGUGCCUGCUAUGGCAAGCCGUCCGAUUACAGUUGAUGAUAUUAAAAAGGCAAAGCUGCGGGCUUCAUUCAUGCAGAGCAAGUACUGGAAGAGGGCAGCUUCUGCCACCGGAAAUGAUGAAUUGAAGACUGAAAACCAAAUAAAACCUUCAAUUUCUGAUACGAGCAAUCUUCCUCCAGUGCCUAAGGCUGAGGCAGCAGUUCAACCUCAGAUUGAGGCAGAAGUUCAGCCUCAGGUCGAAGAACAGAAAAUUGCUGCGGCAGCCCCUGCCAGUAUCCCUGAGAAACCUGAUUCUCCUUUGAAACCAAAACUUGAUCUUAUGAAGCCCAGGCUAGAGGAGUGUGGGAGGAGUAAGAUACAAUGGCGAUUGCCUCCAGAAGUGAGACUGAAUGACUUAUGGAGAGUCGGUGGAGGAGAGGACAGCAAAGAGGUUGAAGUUCAGAGGAACCGAACGCACCGAGAGAAGGAAACCCUCUACAGGACCACCCCAGAGAUACCGCCUAACCCGAAAGAACCGUGGGAUUGGGAAAUGGACUAUGAUGAUUCAUUGACCCCUUUGAUCCCGAUCGAGCAGUUGCCCGAUGCUGAUGCUAUGGAAACCUCAGAAGAACACAUAAACAGAACUCUUCCUUCAAAUACAACUUUAGCUUCAUCAUUGCCGGUUUCGCAGAAUGCAAGCUCCUUGGCUACUGAACCUGAUAUGGAGCUGCUUGCUGUGCUGCUUAAGAACCCAGAGUUGGUCUUUGCCUUGACCUCGGGGCAGGCUGGGAAUUUGUCCAACGAGGAUACAAUCAGGCUGCUCGAUCUGAUUAAGACAGGUGGAGCUGGGAACUCAAUUGGGAUUGCAGGCAGUGGUGGUAGGAGAGAAGAGAAGGUUGAGGUUUCUCUUCCAUCCCCAACUCCUUCGAGCGAUCCCGGAACGAAUCCAUUCUCACAGCAGAGGCAAAUGAGCAGCAGCAGAGCGACGUCUCAGAUUCCAACUGACCCUGAUCCGAACGUUGUAUUACAUCAACAGUUGACGAACUUACAGCAGCUUCUCCAACUGCGACAGCUUCAACCUGCUGCUGUUCCCUCAGCUCCAAUGCCCUCGAUCACAUUCGAUAUGCAGCAUUCUUCUCUUCUACAAGCUGGCGAAGUAGCCCCUGCCCGACCACCCAUUUCAAGCCCAGCUCUCCCAAACCCAUCUUCUGGACCUGUGCCAGUCCCAAUGAACAUGCGCGACAGGCUGUACGGAGCCCAAACCCAGCCUCAUCAUCUCUAUGCCGAGCCUACGGUUCAGAAACAAUUGUAUCAUGGCAGUUCGCCUAUUGGACAGCCCGUCUUGGGUUCAAACUCAUGGAGAGAUGGGUUGGGAUAUCCGCAAAAUCCUCAUUCCCAUGUCAAUAACCAUACUACCAACUUUAAUACCUCUCACGAUGGAUGGAUGCGGGAUGGAAAUAGUCAUGUCGGUGGUGCGGGUAGGUACCCAGAGUACAUGCAGGGGAGGAGCUUCCCGGAACCCGUCUCAAAUCCUGGACAGGCUUAUAGGCCUCAGAGGCCUGGGCAACGGGACUCUCCUGUGUACUGGGAUCCUAACAGACAAGUCGAGAGAUGGCAGUAUGAUCGAAGAUACUGAGUGUUUAUUCCCCCAGACUCGGGUGGCCUCUGCUUCGUGUGAUAAUGAGGAAGAGUUGGAAAUUUGAUUAGGAGGAGAACGAAACUUCGUGACUUGACAUGUAUUGAUUGAUACAAAGAAAUUGACAUCCACAUUUGAAAGCAGUUGAAAAUUUGAUCAAAUUCUCCUAA